AUUUCACAAUCUUUAAAAUGCAAAAUCUAGCUUUUAAAAAAGACAAAAUCAAAAGGUUUUUCACACAAGCUUUCUUAAAUAAUGAUUGGUACCGCAAUUAAAUCGGACGAUAAGGAAUUAGACAAGAGGAUCAUCAACUUUUGUGACCUUCCAGACGAUGUGUUGUUUUCAAUUUUCAGAAAGUUGGACAUCAAAUCCUUGUCCACCUUAUGUCGAGUUUGUUGCAGAUUGAAAGAUCUGCUCAGCAGUGACCAUGCUUGGGUGCUUUUUUCUCAUAAUUUCAAUGUGAUUCAUUUUGAGGAAGACGUACUUCCUCUGAAAGAGAAGUUCAGGAUUUCCCAUAAUAGAGAAAAAGGAACCUGCCAUGAAUCAUUACUUGCCAACUUUUCAAAAAGACAAAUGCCAUGGAUGCAGUAUCACAAUGGGAACCUAUGGGUCUCAUCUAAGAAUGAGAUUCAGUCUUAUAGCCCUGGCAGAGGCAAACAAUUGAAAGUCAAUAAAAAGAAUAAUCCAUACAAACUUCAGAGAGAUGUCACUAAAUUUGUCACUAAAGAAGACAGGAUUGUCAGCGGAUGCUUGGAUGGCAGUAUUCACAUAUGGGAAGCAGGAGGUACUCACACAGUAGUGGAGAAGGCCCACCCAUUAGACACACAGGCUGUGGAUUGUCAUAAUGGUAUCCUGGUCUCUGGCUCAAGGGAUGCAACUCUAAAGGUUUUUAGGCUACAGUCGGAUAACUAUAGUGGCAUCACUGGUGUUGAGGAGAAGUGCUGCUUUCCUGUAGGGGACAGGGUGUGGUCCCUUACCCUCUCUCAGUGUGGCAGCUUUUGUGCAUGUGGAACAGCAUUUUGUGAAGGAGAUGCUCCUAUAUCUUUGUUGGAUUUGAACAAACAGUGUGCUGUUAACCAGUUAGGCACAGAACACAAGAUUGGUGCAGGUGUCCUUGACAUGCAGUAUGAGAAUGAACACACAUUGCUGACUUGUGGAUAUGACACAUUUAUACACAUGUGGGACCUCCGAAUCAACAGAUGCAUCUGUUCCUGGGAACAAAGGUUUGACUCUGCAUAUUACUGUCUCAAGUCAGAUGGUCACAUGAACAUAUUUGCUGGAGCUUCACGACAUGGAUUAGUGGAUCUUUGGGACAAACGGAAAACAAGUAAACCUGUCCAAUCCUUUUAUAUAGGCCAUCAGAACAGUCCUGUUUAUUCCUUGGCUUUUGACAGUAAAAGACUUUAUGCUGCACUGGACUUACAAGUCAAGAUUCUAGAUUUCAGUUGUUAUCAGUAAAUUGAUAUACAUGUAUGACUCAGGGUUACUUGUAAUAUUUUAAACUCUACGUCCUGGUGACUGAACUUUUAAUAUUUUUGUUUGUCACCAGGGUCACUUAUGACCUAUUGCUAUGAGUUAUUGUACAUUACUGUAUAUUUUUUUGUAAACUUCUGAACAUUUUCAGUUUGUUUGAUGAAAUGGCUGAACUAAUUUUUACCGAUUUCUGUAUGUAGCUGGGGCUAAAGGGUGGGACUGGGGCUUCAGGGGUGAGAUUAAUCCCAUCAAGAUUCUUUCAAUCUUCAGAAAUCUUCUUCUGUACUCCAAAAUAUCUAACAGAAAAGCUGUUAGCAUUAUAAACACCUGGCAACUUUCCAAAAAUUAAUUGAAUUAAUAGCCCAUUUGUCUCAUGACCCAAAGUGAGGCUUUAAAUUGAUCCCUUAAUGAAAAUAAAAUUCAUAACAUCUUUCAGUUUUUUUUUUUUUAUACCUUAGGGAAAUCUAGCAAGCAAACUGUUUCAGGAUCAUAGGAACAGUUAUCCCUCUCCCAAAUUUUUGAAAUUUGUUUACUUUGAGAGUGAGGGAAAGGAAUCACACCCCAGGGUCAGACAUAGUUGAUCAUCUCAAUGCUUUUGAAAAAUUUUCUUUUUAUCAUGCAGGUCAUCUAGCAGGCAAACUUUGUAUGAUUACAUUUUUGCCUUGUAACAAUAUCAUGAAAAUCAAUGUCAGCUCAGGUCCUAGGGUGGAACUUUGUUGGACAUAUAUUGAAAAUGCAUUAUGCUUUAGAAUUUCUUAUGUCUGUAUAUGUAGCAAAAAAUCAUGUGUGUAAUAAGAAUAAACUUUAAGCCCCUUAUCAAAUUGUGAAUUUUGUGUCCUCUGGACUCAGACACAAGUGUGGGGCUAAUUUCAUCAUUGAAUAUACAUGUAUCAUUGUUAAUUAUGUUUUAAAAUAUCCUUAACUCCUUAGCAUCUAGGUAAGAAACUUCAAGUCGGUAGGAAACAAUCCUCUAUGUGUUUGUAAUUUCAUGUCACAUAUGGGUCUAUAUCCUGUCCCAGUUUGAGCUAAGUCAGUCAUAGGCUGAGAAACUCAUGAUACUCAGGUGACUAUAAGGCCCAUGGGCCUCUAAUGCACUGUUUUGUCUUUUUUGAUGUCUUUCAAUUAAUUAAAAAAUCUACAUAUCUA